AUGUCUAUGUAUUCCUUUGUACAUGUAUCUACGGCCUAUGCAUUCUGUCAGCUGACACAAAUCGAUGAGAAAGUGUAUCAAAAUGAAGUUCACUACAAGAAAGUUUUGAAUCUUUUGGACUGGUUCAAGGAUGACAUGUGGAACAUGGUCACUCCAUCAUUACUUGAAGGACGCCCCAAUACAUAUACUUACUCAAAGUCCCUCGGAGAACAAAUAAUAAUGGAAGAAGCCCACGACCUUCCAGUGGCCAUAUUGAGACCAAGUAUCAUUGGAGCAGCUGUGAAGGACCCACUACCAGGUUGGAUAGAUUGUUUCCAUGGUCCAGGUGGUUUAUUUGUAGCGACUGGUAAAGGAUUAUUAAGAGUCCUAAGAGCUGACAUCAAUGGAAAGGCAGACAUUGUCCCUGUGGAUUUUGUUAAUAACAUGUUAUUAUCUGUGGGAUGGGCAACAGCAAUGAAUAAGUCCAAAGAUAUCAAGGUCUAUCACUCCAAUACAGGCACACAGAAUCCUAUUACAUGGAUACAGCUAUAUCCACUGGUUAUUAAAUCUUAUUAUGACAAUCCGUUUGAUUGGAUAUUUCAUCGUCCAAAGAUAUAUUUAUGCAGACCAGCUUUCUCAUGGCCUCUUUGGCACCUGUUCCUCCACUCUAUACCAGCCUACGUAAUGGACUUCAUAUUCACUUUAUUAGGAAAGAAAGCAAUGUAUGUAUAACAAUGGAAAUACAUGUAGU